AUGGUGAGCAGAGCUGGAUCCACUUUAAGCCCUGUAAAGAAACCGUGUACAGAGUCAGAUGGUUCAGAGCCGCAGAAUCCCAGGUCUAUGGAAAUGCAAGAUUUAGCCAGCCCUCAUAAUCUUGUUGGAAGCAGUGAUGCGCCGGGUAGUUCCAAACUGGAUAAACCUAAUCUCAGUAGCACAUCAGUUACAACAAAUGGAACAGGAGGAGACAACAUGACUGUGUUAAAUACUGCAGACUGGUUGCUGAGUUGCAGCACUCCCUCUUCUGCAACAAGUAUGAGAGACCCUGGUACAACAUUGCAUGAUUACCUGAGCACAAAUCAAGUGUCUCUUCUUGCAGUCAAAACAGAACCCAUGAACAGCAGUGAAACAACAACAACAACUGGAGAUGGAUCGCUUGACACUUUUACUGGGUCAGUAAUAACAAGUAGCGGCUACAGCCCAAGAUCAGCGCACCAGUACUCUCCGCAGAUAUAUCCCUCCAAGCCCUAUCCACACAUUCUUUCUACACCAGCAGCUCAAACAAUGUCUGCCUAUGCCGGACAAACCCAGUAUUCAGGAAUGCAGCAACCAGCGGUCUAUACAGCCUACUCUCAGACGGGACAGCCGUACAGCUUGCCCACUUACGAUUUGGGUGUAAUGUUGCCAGGCAUCAAGACGGAAAGUGGGCUCUCGCAGACCCAAUCACCGCUGCAGAGCGGGUGCCUCAGUUACAGCCCAGGGUUUUCCACCCCACAGCCAGGCCAAGCACCCUACUCUUACCAGAUGCCAGGUUCUAGUUUUACACCAUCAUCCACUAUUUACGCAAACAACUCUGUUUCAAAUUCUACAAACUUCAGUAGUUCACAACAGGAUUAUCCAUCAUACACAGCUUUUGGCCAAAAUCAAUAUGCACAGUAUUACUCAGCAUCAACAUAUGGUGCAUAUAUGACCUCAAACAACACGGCUGAUGGCACUUCAUCAUCAUCAACCUACCAGCUGCAGGACUCUCUCCCUGGCCUGACUAGUCAACCAGGUACAGAUCUACAUUCAGGGGAGUUUGACACAGUGCAGAGCCCCUCCACGCCAAUCAAAGAUCUUGAUGAGAGAACAUGUAGGAGUUCUGGGUCAAAGUCUCGAGGUAGAGGGCGGAAGAAUAAUCCAUCACCCCCACCGGACAGUGACUUGGAGCGUGUAUUUGUUUGGGAUUUGGAUGAAACAAUCAUAGUUUUUCAUUCGCUGCUUACAGGAUCCUACGCACAGAAGUAUGGCAAGGAUCCACCAAUGGCAGUGACCCUUGGACUGCGAAUGGAAGAAAUGAUUUUUAAUCUUGCUGACACACAUUUAUUUUUUAAUGAUUUAGAGGAGUGUGAUCAAGUUCAUAUAGAUGAUGUUUCUUCUGAUGAUAAUGGACAAGACCUAAGUACCUACAGUUUUGCAACUGAUGGCUUCCAUGCAGCUGCAAGUAGUGCAAACCUUUGUCUGCCAACAGGUGUAAGAGGAGGGGUUGACUGGAUGAGGAAGCUGGCUUUCCGUUACAGAAGAGUAAAAGAGUUGUAUAAUACUUACAAGAACAACAUAGGAGGCCUCCUGGGUCCCGCUAAGAGAGAUGCAUGGUUGCAAUUAAGAGCGGAGAUUGAAGCUCUGACAGACUCCUGGCUAACAAAUGCACUUAAAUCAUUAUCAAUUAUCAGCACAAGGAGUAACUGUGUAAACGUAUUGGUGACAACAACCCAGCUUAUCCCAGCACUUGCAAAAGUUCUGCUAUACAGCUUAGGAGGAGCUUUUCCUAUUGAAAAUAUUUACAGUGCAACUAAAAUAGGUAAGAAAAUGAUUCUUUCGUCUAUUCUGACUAUACUGCACUACCAAAAUUUUUUUGCCA